UAAAUGCUUCUUCUUCUUCUUUUUUCCAUAUUUUCUUCUUUUAAAUGGGUUUUUUAUUCUUGAUAACAGUGUCGUUGUGUCUAGUUUUUUGCAUAUUUUACUAUCUUUAUAAUGACCUUUAUUCCAAAUGUAUUAAAAAGAUAGCCUUAUUGAAAGAAUUACCUAAUAAUCUACCCGAAGUUCAUGUUCCAGUCCUAUUAAAACACCAAAGUAAUCAAAUUCCAUCUUGGUUAAAUGGAGUCAUGUAUCAAAUAGGACCAGGUAGAUUUAAUAUUCAACAAAAUAAUGGAUCCACUUUCUCUAUUAGACACGUAUUUGAUGGUCUCCCCUUUAUACAUAGAUUCGAAAUAAAUGGCAAGGAACGAACAGUUAAAUAUAAUUCACGUUGCAUAGCAAAGCUGUUUGAGUCGAGAAUUCAAAAUCAUUCCUUUAAGGGUGUCCUAUUCUUUGGUCAUAUCAUAGUUGACAUGAACUUCUUUCAAUGGAUAUAUCAUUUUAUGGCUCGAGUAGUAAAUCAAAUUAGAUUCAUGCUAUUAGGAAGAGCUUGCGAUUCGCCCGAUGGUCAGGUUAUAGGUGUUACGGUUACACCAAACUUUCCUUUACCAUCAUCAAGAGAUAUCCAAAGAUCGAAAGAUGAACAUGUUCUUGUUACCAAAACAGAUGCAAAUGCCUUACAAAAGAUCCAUGCAGAAACAUUAGAGCCACAGUAUCUUUUUGAUUAUAGUACAUUUAAUAAACAUUUAUGGGGUCAACUCACAUCAGCACACCACCAACAAGAUCCAAUUACUAAAGAGGUCUUUAAUGUUAUUGUAAGAAUUGUUCCAUUUCCAUGUUUAACUGUAUUCAAGACAUCAGAGGAUGGGAAAGUGACCAUCUUGGCUGACAUAACUCAACGACAUGAUAAUGAUAAAGGAUCUGUUAGAGCUUCCUAUAUUCAUUCAUUCUGGUUAACUAAAAAUUAUAUCAUUAUCCCUGAGGCACCGUUGGCAUUUAAAGAUGGAGGUCGAAAUUUAUUGAUGACUGGAUCUGUCGUCUCUAGUAUGCAUUGGGAUAAAAAUGAUGCUUCAACUACUUAUUGUCAUAUCGUUCGUCGUGAUCAUGAAUACUCAACGGAAAAGGGUGAUGGUGGUGGUGGUGGCCUUAUAGCUUCUAUACCUAUUCCUGCCUUCUUUUGCUUUCAUGUUGGGAACGCCUUUGAGACACAAUGUCCGACGACAGGUGAUACGCUGCUUGUUUUGGACUGUGCUUCCUUUUCAAAUGGAAAUAUUAUUCAUCAACUGUAUAGGUUUGGUACAUCAUCCUCAAAUGGAAAGGAGACAUACGUCAAUGAUGGCAUUGCUCAUUCUCCAUUGGAAUAUGGUGAUCUCAUUCGAUAUAAACUAAAUAUAAACAAGGUGAAGAUGGUAUCUAGCAAGACCUUAGCAAAGAAUAUCGAUUUUCUUCGAUUCAAUCAAAGUUAUAGCAUGAAGCCUGAACAUCGAUAUAUUUACGGAUGUCGUUUGAAAGACUCGACUGAGGCAAACUGCUUAGUUAAGGUAGAUCUAAACACUUUGUCUAUAAAAGUGUAUGAUGAGGGAAGUCAGUAUACGUCAUGCUCUGAACCUAUCUUUGUGCCAAAACCUACGCAGGAUAAAGAAGAGGACGAUGGUGUUCUUCUAAGUCUUGUCAAUCAUCAUUCAUCAUCAUCACGAGGUAAUUGUUAUUUAGUGAUUAUUGAUGCCAAGGAUAUGAAGGAAAUAGCUCGUAUCAACGUUGGUGGAUUCACUGCUAUUACUUUCCAUGGUUCCUUUGUAGAUCAUGAAUUUAAAUCUGUUAAUGUUAACUGACACUUUACUAAAAACAAAAAGGGAGGAUAUAGAAGUAGUCAUAAUAAUACUAUGAAUUAGAGCUCGUUCAUAGUUAUUAUGCCAUGUAUUAUAGACAUUUUUGCUACCCCUCCUCUCUUCCCCCCCCCACCCUUCUUUCUGUAUUAAUUUAAUAACACUAAUGCUUCAACUUCUUAACCAUGUUACACUCAUAUACCAUAUAUUCAAAAGACAAUGAAUAUAAAGUAAAUAAGGAGGGAAUAGAAAAUAAAGCAUAUAUAAAAAAGGGUUUUUUUUUUUCUUUCA